CACACAUGGAGCAUGAUGCACUGGCGCAAGGCUUGGUUAUGGCUUUGCAGUGCUUUCAGGAACUUCUGUGCGCUUCUGGAGUAAAGAAAGUGCUCAGUGUUCACGUGCGGCGAGCGCGCGAUCCAGUGAACCCCGAACUGAAGGAAGGGGCUGCACACACACACACACGCACGCACGCACGCACGCUCGCGCGCGCGCGCGCGCACACCCACCCACACACACGCACCAUGUUCAUGUACAGCAUGGAUUUCAGGAAUACUAAGUAUGAAAGGUAAAGUGCAUUCAAGAGUGCUUGCUUUUCAACCUCAGCUUUACUAUUCAUGAACAGCCGAGUCCCAUCCAGCAAAAGAUACCAGCCAACCGAGUAUGAACAUGCAGCCAACUGUGCUACACAUGGAUUCUGGAUUAUUCCCAGUAUCGUGGGCAGUUCGCUGUUGUACUUCCUGUCUGAUGAUAAAUGGGAAAGCAUCACAGCAUGGCUGUAUGGCACCGGACUGUCUGGCUUGUUCAUCAUGUCCACCAUGUUCCACACUGUAAGCUGGAAGAAGAGUCACUUGCAGAUUGUAGAGCAGCGCUUCCACAUGUGUGAUAGGAUGGUGAUUUAUUUCUUCAUCGCUGCCUCUUACGCCCCCUGGUUGAACCUGAGGGAGCUCGGCCCCUGGGCGGCACACAUGCGCUGGCUGGUGUGGAUCAUGGCCUGUGUGGGCUCCGCUUAUGUCUUCUUCUUCCAUGAAAAGAAUAAGAUACUGGACCUGAUUUGCUACACAGUCAUGGGAGCUGUUCCUGCAAUUGUGCUUCUGUCAAUGCCAAACAGGGAGGGCGUGAUGGAGUUAUCAAUGGGUGGAGUCUUUUACUGCUUGGGCGUGGUUUUCUUCAAGAGUGACGGCCUUGUCCCUUUCGCUCACGCCAUCUGGCACAUCUUCGUGGCUAUAGGAGCAGCUAUCCACUAUUAUGCCAUCUGGAGGUAUCUGUAUGCGACAGGGAGCAGCCACAUGAGAAGCUCCAGGUGACACACAGAGCUGCUGAUGAUCACCAUGCGCUGCCUGGGCUGCGAGGCACCGUGUGUUUAAAUGUAUUCAGAAUUUACUGUCAGUAAUUUCAUUUCCGAGAAAAAUCAGUCAUACCUGCUCACGCUGCCUUUGACGUUCUCAACAAACCUGUAUGCUGUACUCUACUGAAGAAAAUAUAUUUUUGUAUAGAGAACAUUUAACUUAAAAUGGAGAAUGUUUAGACUUCAUUCAUUUUCCAAAAAGUUUACAGGAAGACUUAGAAAGGUAAAGAAAAAUGUAUAUUUAGGGUUUGAGAAUUUGUUAAUUAGUUAGCUAGUCUACUUGUUUAUAUAAUAUUUGUUAAUUUAUUGAAAGCACAAUGUGAUUUCUGUUGUGCUACACUCUGUUCUAGCAGCAUUUAUUACAGGAUUUAUACACAACCCUUUGUAUUGCACAAGGACGGUGCUUUGGACAUGUAUAGUGUUUGUGUGUCCUCACUGACACUUUGAUUUGCCUGCUGCUGAAUUAUAAGAGUGAUAAGAUAAUAUUAAAAAAAACAAAACAAAAAAAAAAA